AUGGAAAUUUUGUGGAAGACGUUGACCUGGAUUUUGAGCCUCAUCAUGGCUUCAUCGGAAUUUCAUAGUGACCACAGGCUUUCAUACAGUUCUCAAGAGGAAUUCCUGACUUAUCUAGAACACUACCAGCUAACUAUUCCAAUAAGGGUUGAUCAGAAUGGAGCUUUUCUCAGCUUUACUGUGAAAAAUGAUAAACACUCCAGGAGAAGACGGAGUAUGGACCCUAUCGAUCCACAGCAGACAGUAUCUAAGUUAUUUUUUAAACUUUCAGCCUAUGGCAAGCACUUUCACCUAAACUUGACUCUCAACACAGAUUUCGUGUCCAAACAUUUUACAGUAGAAUAUUGGGGGAAAGAUGGACCCCAGUGGAAACAUGAUUUUUUAGACAACUGUCAUUACACAGGAUAUUUGCAAGAUCAACGUAGUACAACUAAAGUGGCUUUAAGCAACUGUAUUGGGUUGCAUGGCGUUAUUGCUACAGAAGAUGAGGAAUAUUUUAUUGAACCAUUAAAGAAUACCACAGAGGAUUCCAAACAUUUUAGUUAUGAAAAUGGCCAUCCUCAUGUUAUUUACAAAAAGUCAACCCUCCAGCAACGGCAUCUGUAUGAUCACUCUCAUUGUGGGGUUUCAGACCUCAUAAGAAGUGGCAAACCUUGGUGGCUGAAUGACACAUCUACUUUUCCUUCUUCACUACCAAUUAAUGGCACGCAUAUCCGCCACAGACAGAAGAGAUCAGUAAGCAUUGAGCGGUUUGUGGAGACACUGGUAGUGGCAGACAAAAUGAUGGUGGGCUACCAUGGCCGCAAAGACAUUGAACAUUACAUUUUGAGUGUGAUGAAUAUUGUUGCCAAACUUUACCGUGAUUCCAGCCUAGGAAACGUUGUGAAUAUUAUAGUGGCCCGCUUAAUUGUUCUUACAGAAGAUCAGCCAAACUUGGAGAUAAACCACCAUGCAGACAAGUCCCUCGAUAGCUUCUGUAAAUGGCAGAAAUCCAUUCUCUCUCACCAAAGUGAUGGAAACACCAUUCCAGAAAAUGGGAUUGCCCACCACGAUAAUGCUGUUCUUAUUACUAGAUAUGAUAUCUGCACUUAUAAAAAUAAGCCCUGUGGAACAUUGGGCUUGGCCUCUGUGGCUGGAAUGUGUGAGCCUGAAAGGAGCUGCAGCAUUAAUGAAGACAUUGGCCUGGGUUCCGCAUUUACCAUUGCACAUGAGAUUGGUCACAAUUUUGGUAUGAACCAUGAUGGAAUUGGAAAUUCUUGUGGGACGAAAGGUCAUGAAGCAGCAAAACUUAUGGCAGCUCACAUUACUGCAAAUACCAAUCCUUUUUCCUGGUCUGCCUGCAGUCGAGACUAUAUCACCAGCUUUCUAGAUUCAGGCCGUGGUACUUGCCUUGAUAAUGAGCCUCCCAAGCGUGACUUUCUUUAUCCAGCUGUGGCCCCAGGUCAGGUGUAUGAUGCUGACGAGCAAUGCCGUUUCCAAUAUGGAGCAACAUCCCGCCAAUGUAAAUAUGGGGAAGUGUGUAGAGAGCUCUGGUGUCUCAGCAAAAGCAACCGCUGUGUCACCAACAGUAUUCCUGCAGCUGAAGGAACACUCUGUCAAACUGGGAAUAUUGAAAAGGGGUGGUGUUAUCAGGGAGAUUGUGUUCCUUUUGGCACUUGGCCCCAGAGCAUAGAUGGGGGCUGGGGUCCCUGGUCACUAUGGGGAGAGUGCAGCAGGACCUGCGGGGGAGGCGUCUCCUCAUCCCUAAGACACUGUGACAGUCCAGCACCUUCAGGAGGUGGAAAAUAUUGCCUUGGGGAAAGGAAACGAUAUCGCUCCUGUAACACAGAUCCAUGUCCUUUGGGGGCCCGAGAUUUUCGAGAGAAACAAUGUGCAGACUUUGACAAUAUGCCUUUCCGUGGAAAGUAUUAUAACUGGAAACCCUAUACUGGAGGUGGGGUAAAACCUUGUGCAUUAAACUGCUUGGCUGAAGGUUACAACUUCUACACUGAACGUGCCCCUGCGGUGAUUGAUGGGACUCAGUGCAAUGCUGAUUCACUGGAUAUCUGUAUCAAUGGGGAAUGCAAGCAUGUAGGUUGUGAUAAUAUUUUGGGAUCCGAUGCUAGGGAAGAUAGAUGUCGUGUCUGUGGAGGGGAUGGAAGCACAUGUGAUGCCAUUGAAGGGUUCUUCAAUGAUUCAUUGCCCAGAGGAGGCUACAUGGAAGUAGUGCAGAUACCAAGAGGCUCUGUCCAUAUUGAAGUCAGAGAAGUUGCCAUGUCGAAGAACUAUAUUGCUUUGAAAUCUGAAGGGGAUGAUUACUAUAUUAAUGGUGCCUGGACUAUUGACUGGCCUCGGAAGUUUGAUGUUGCUGGGACAGCUUUUCACUACAAGAGACCAACUGAUGAACCAGAAUCUUUGGAAGCUCUAGGUCCCACCUCAGAAAAUCUCAUUGUCAUGGUUCUGCUUCAGGAACAGAAUUUGGGAAUUAGGUAUAAAUUCAACGUUCCCAUCACUCGGACUGGCAGUGGAGACAAUGAAGUUGGCUUUACGUGGAAUCAUCAGCCUUGGUCAGAAUGCUCAGCUACUUGUGCUGGAGGUGUCCAAAGACAGGAGGUGGUCUGUAAAAGAUUGGAUGACAACUCUAUUGUCCAGAACAAUUACUGUGACCCUGAGAGUAAGCCACCUGAAAAUCAAAGAACCUGCAACACUGAGCCCUGCCCACCUGAGUGGUUCAUUGGGGAUUGGUUGGAGUGUAGCAAGACUUGUGAUGGUGGAAUGCGCACCAGAGCAGUGCUCUGCAUCAGGAAGAUUGGACCUUCUGAGGAGGAGACACUGGACUACAGUGGUUGUUUAACACACCGGCCUAUUGAAAAGGAGCCCUGCAACAACCAGUCAUGUCCACCUCAGUGGGUGGCUUUGGACUGGUCAGAAUGCACUCCCAAAUGUGGUCCAGGAUUCAAGCAUCGGAUUGUUCUGUGCAAGAGCAGUGACCUCUCUAAAACAUUCCCAGCUGCACAGUGUCCAGAAGAGAGCAAACCGCCUGUCCGUAUCCGCUGCAGUUUGGGUCGCUGCCCUCCUCCUCGCUGGGUGACUGGAGACUGGGGCCAGUGUUCCGCUCAGUGUGGCCUUGGCCAGCAGAUGAGGACUGUGCAGUGUCUCUCCUACACUGGACAGGCAUCUGGUGACUGUCCAGAAACUGUUCGGCCCCCAUCGAUGCAGCAGUGUGAAAGCAAAUGUGACAGUACCCCCAUUUCCAAUACUGAAGAGUGCAAAGAUGUGAACAAAGUGGCUUAUUGCCCACUGGUGCUGAAGUUCAAGUUCUGUAGUCGAGCAUACUUCAGACAGAUGUGUUGUAAGACCUGCCAAGGACACUGA